AUGCAAUCCCGCAAACGACACGCCCCGUACGGGACGGCUUGCUCUGAAUGCUCACGAACCAAAUCCCGCUGCAUCGCAACUUCUCCGGGGUCGCCCUGUGAAAGAUGUCAGCGUCUGGGGAAGGAUUGCGUCCCAUCAAAUCACAAGCGGACACAAAAGAGCACUGAGAACGACGAGCCGUCCCAGCCUAGUCAAUUAGAGGCAAAGAUUGAUGGCUUGGUCUCGCUUAUCACGAAAAACACCCAUGAGACGCCUGCAGGAUCAGUGUUCAGCUCAAGCCACAUUUCGCUGCCAGUGACGCUGUCGCCGCAGGCUGACGGUGAUUUACUCUCAUAUAUCAACGAAGUCUCCUCAUCAAUCAACGACGAGGACGUCCUUUCACAUUUCAAAAAAGCUCAUCACCCACACCUGCCCUUCCUAUCCCUCCCAUCUGACUCACCCCCAAGCUCCCUGCGCCAAGAAAGGCCCUUCCUUUGGCUCUGCCUCGUCGCCGUCUCCGAAAGUCACACCCUCCCACAAGCCGCCUUCAACGACAAAGUCCGAAGGAUAGUAGCACAACGUAUGGUCCUCAAUCUAGAGCGAAAUCUAGAGCUCCUCCAAGGCCUUCUGGUGUGCAUAGCAUGGGGCAACUUCCAAGUCCAUCAGCGCCCGUUUCUGACCCUCUUUACCCAGCUUGCAAACACAAUCGUCUUUGAUCUGGGUUUAAACCAGCCGCCGCAGAUUAUUCCCGAGGCAAUGCUGAGGUUGACCAUCCAUCGGCCAUGGGUAUCUGGGACCCGCACGGUCGAGGAGCAAAGGGCCGUGGUUGCGUGUUAUUAUCUCAGCUCCAUCGUAUCGUCGUACAUGCGUCGAACAGACAGACUGCUGUGGACGCGGUACAUGAGCACCUGUCUUGACGACCUCACAAUCAGCGGUACACCUGGUGAUGCCGCACUCGUAUAUGUGGUUAAGAUAAGUAGAAUCCUUGACAGGGCAUUCUACUCCCCUCCAAACUCGCAGAUGCCAGUCCUGGAAACCCCAGCAGACUUCGUCGCUGCGGCGUUGCAAACCGAGCUGGAAAAGCUCGCCACAGAGGCCCCUUAUCCCGUGGAAAGUCCCGUUAUAGCAUGCCACCACACCUACGCCUCGUUUGCGAUCUCGGAAUUCACCCUCACUCUCCCCUCUCCAGACCCACAGCAUCUCUACACCACAUACGAGGCCCUGAAAUCCUACUUUAACGCCUUCCUUUCCUUCCAACCAAGCGAGUACUCAGGUUUUACGCUAGCGGAGCUGUACCAGACGAUGCAUGCAGCCCUCUCGCUGCGGAAACUCUCAUCCCAGCUCACGACACAGAUGUAUGACAAGCAGCGCGUAGAGAAGCUUGCAGACUGGUAUCAGCAGGUGAUUCGCAACCUUGGAGAUGCGUCGAUGCAUCCCGGAGCAAAGAGAGAUGGGAAGUCAGCAGUGUUUCGCAAGUUAGCUAGCAUGCUGGAGCCUUUUACUUGGGAAAGUGGCGAAGGGCUUGGACGGCAGGGUGACAAUGAGCUUAACAUUGACGGAAUUACAAGUGAGCUUACUGUUACUGGAAUUCCAUCGUACAUCGACGGCAUGAUGCAGCCGCCAGCGGCAAACCAGCAAUACGUGAAAUGGAGUGGCAUAGCUGACCGGCUGAGUGUCAAGCCGGACGACUACAAGGGAGUCAUCAGCCAGCACGCGCAAAACAGCAUCAACGCCCCCAUCAACAACACAAAGUAUGGUGUCAACUCGGUUCUCCAGGGCGGCGAGUACCUCAUGCGUAGCAAGAGCUUCACGCAAGAUGACGUCGAGAAGUGGAUGUACAAGACUGGCAGUAUCAAUGCAAUGGGCCUGAUACUACAGGCGCAAAACGUCUACAUCACUCUCACCUUCAACCUAUCGAGUUAUAGUAUUGGAAAGUACUACACGGGCGCCUUCUUCUGUCAGCGGCAGCCCAAAUGCGCUCCCCGGAUCCUGUACCUGAACACUAUAUCGCGUCCCAGCUUCAGGAAGCCUACAAUCUUCCCAAGGAGGACAUUUCCCUCGGGCACACCAAGUGCCUCGACACGCACGGCCACAAGCAGCUAUAUAACCCCUGGGAGGCGGUAUCAUCAAGUGGCGCCCUUUUGGAUCUAUUGA